GCCAUCUAGCGCACGUCGUGCUGGAGCCCGGGCCGGAAGAUGGCGGCGGCGGGAGCCGCGGAGCGCGCGAGCCAGGGGAAGGAGCCGCCGCCGCCGCCCCUCCGCGGGCCCCGUCGCUACUCGCUGCUCGUGAUCGUGGGCGGCGGCUGCCACCGGCCCGGCCUGCUGGGCGCCGUGCUGGCCGCGCUGGAGAGAGGGAUCCGCUGCUGGGACAUCGACCUCGCCUCCUGCAACCUGGACGAGCAGCUGAAGCUGUUUGUGUCCCGGCACUCAGCCACUUUCUCCAGCAUCGUGAAAGGUCAGCGGACCCUCCACCACCGGGGGGAUGUCCUGGAGACACUGGUGCUGCUCAACCCUUCAGAUAAAUCCCUGUGCGAUGAGCUGCGAAACCUGAUCACGGAUGUGUCCCAGCACAAGCUGCUGGUGUUCGCCGGACCCUGCGUGGAGGAGACCGGGGAGCUGAUGCUGCAGACGGGCUGCUUCUCUCUGCGGGACUUCAUCCAGAUCUUCACGGACAAAGAGGUCGGGGAGAUACUGAGCUCUGCAGACCCUUCGGCCAAGGCCAGCCUGACCGUCAGCUGCCCUGAUUUCGGGGAGUGGCAGGACUCCAGUCUGGAGCAGUACAACCUCCAGGACUUCAUUGAGCUGCAGAUCAACCCGGGCUGCGUGCUACCGGAGAUGGAGGGGCUGCAGGAGUUCGUGGAAUACCUCUCAGAGUCCCUGGAGCCACAGUCCCCCUUCGACCUGCUGGAGCCCCCGACCAUGGUGGGCUUUCUGAAGCUCUCCAAGCCGUGCUGCUAUGUCUUCCCCGGUGGGAGGGGGGAUACAGCCUUCUUUGCUGUCAACGGGUUCAAUGUCCUGGUGAACGGGGGCUCCAACCCCAAAUCCUCCUUCUGGAAGCUGGUUCGCCACCUGGACCGGAUUGACUCCAUCCUGGUGACGCACAUCGGCACAGACAGCCUGCCGGGGGUCAACAGCCUGCUGCAGAGGAAGGUCGCUGAGCUGGAGGAGGACUCCUGCUCACAAGGCUCCCAGAGCAACGGGGACUGGGUGAAGAACCUCAUCUCCCCCGAGCUGGGUGUCAUGUUCCUCAAUGCGUCCGAGAAGCUGAAGGGUAUUGAGGGAAACUCUAGGGUGCUGAAGAGCUGUGACGAAGCCAGCCUGACUCUACGCUACCUGGAGAAGCUGGGGAUCAGGCCCAACCCGCUCUGCAGGGAUAGCAGCCCCAAGGUGGGGCCCACGGUGCUGUUUCAAAAGAUGGGCGUUGGCAGAUUGGACAUGUACGUGCUGAACCCGGUGCGGGGCAGCAAGGAGCUGGAGUUCCUGCUGCAGCACUGGUCUGGCAAUGGCCACCCCAGUGAGCAGGAGCUGCCCUUGCAGUGCCUGACCUCCAUCUGCGCCCUGCUGGUCUGGCAUCCCGCCAGCCCUUUGGAGAAGAUCAUCCGGGUCCUGUUCCCUGGCUGCACCCCGCAGGGCAGGAUCUUGGAGGGGCUGGAGAAGGUGAAGCACCUGGAGUUUUUGAAACACCCGGUGGUCACUGAGAAGGACUUGAAGGUGCUGGCUGCUCCCCGUCCCGAGAAGCAGCUUACGCCAAAGAGGGCGGAAAGCAAGGAGAGCCUCAAGUCAGCGUCCAAGGAGAGCCUCCGGUCUGCUUCCAAACUGAGCCUGGUGGAGGCCGGGCCUCCAGCUCCCAAGGAGAAAGCCCUCAAGUCAGAGAGGAGGAAGGAGAAGGCCAGAGGGCCGGGCGAGGUGGCCAAGGCAAGGCCAGAGGAGGAUAGAGCCGAGGAGGCCAGAGCCAAGCUUGACUCCUCAGCUGAGAAGCUCAAGCCGGAUGUGAGGCUGAAGCUGAGCAAGGAGAAGGCCCUGCCCAAGAAAGAGUCCCUGCCCCAGGAGGUGAGGAAGGAGGAGAAGAGGCCUCUGAAGAAGGAAGAUGGCGCUGAGGGGAAGGCGGAUGGCAGGAAGGAGGUGAAGGCCGUGAAGAGGGAGGGGAAAGCCGAGCUGCUGCGGAAGGAUGCCAAGGAGAGCAAGGCUGAGGGGAAGGCUGCAAAGCUGCCUGCCCGCAAACCGCCUGGGCUGGAGCCCCGCAAGCUGGCCCUCAGGACAGGGAGCCUUAAGAAAUCCACUCUCAAGAAGGAGCUGGAGAAGCCCAAGGCCAAAGCGGCCAAGGAGGCAAGUGCGGCCAGCAAGAAGCCCCCAAGCCCUGAGGCUGGUGGGUCAGAAGGCUCCAAGUCGCUGUCCCUGGAGGCCCUGACACGGGAGGCGGCAUGGGCGGGCACCGAAGCCAGGCAGAAGGAGGAGUCAACAGAUGAGGGAAUCACCGGGGCGGAGAGCGAGCUGGAGCCAUCCCUGCUGGAGAAUGGGGAGGCUGGGCAAUGUGCCGGCACCGAGGGCCCAGCUGGCUGCGCCAGGCUGGGGCCCAUGGACUGCCAGGAGAACGGCCUCGACCCAGAGGCGCUGGACAGCCCCCAGGGGUUCCGGUACCUAGAGACUAGCCCGCUCAAGGCCAUCUGGCCCCCUUCCCCCCUCGCCAAGACCCCCAAGAGCGACCGCAGCAUGGACUUCGACCUGACGCCCACAGGGCUUCUCAACCACUGCCAGGAGGGCACCGAGGACCCAUGCGGCAGCUCCGAGGAGAAGACCUUGGAGAUGAUGUCCCCCUCUAGCUCGGGGCCAGCCAGCGCCAGGCACACCCCAUUCCACCAGUCCCCGGUGGAGAACGCAGUCAUGGUAGAGGAGCCGGCGUCGGGCCCCAAUGACGACAAACAGUUCAACUCCUGUCAUUCCUCCCAGGAGAAGCAGGCGGGCUGCCUGUCCCUCAGCCCCUUCAAGGACGAGCUCCCCGACGUCUCGCCCACCAUCACCACCCCCUCGCUGCCAGCUGAGGUGGGCUCCCCCCACUCCACUGAGGUGGAUGAGUCGCUGUCGGUCUCCUUCGAGCAGGUGCUGCCCCCAGUGAGCGAGUUGCCCCAAGAGGAGCUGAACAGGCCGCAGGCGGCCAGGCUGACCCCGGAGCCAGAUGCCUCGGCGAGCAAAGGCGGCCUGUCCCUGCCCAUCCAGCCCUGCCACCAUGCCCAGCUGGGCAGCGACAGGGCAGACGGGCUGCGCCAGCAUGGGCGCCGCUCCGACUCCCCCCACGACGUGGACCUGUGCCUGGUGUCGCCCUGCGAGUUUGAGCACCCCAAGUCUGAGCGCCCCCCCUCCCUCAGCGUCAGCCCACGGGACCUGUCCAACGACAGCGACCUCUCCCAGGAGCUGGCCAAGCCCCUGGCCCAGAGGAGAGGCCUGAGGAGCCAGGGCCGCCGGCUGCAGCCACCGCACGCCACAGAGACCCCCCCCACUUCUGGGAGCGAGUCCCUCCCCACGCUCUCCGACUCAGACAUCCCUCCUGCCACAGACGACUGCCCCUCCAUCACGGCCGACGGCGGGCUGGACUCCGACGAGGAGUCGGAGCACCUGCCCAGGGGCCCUGUCCAGGCCAGAGACCCUCCUCCUGGCCCCCUGAAAGACCCCUGCCCCCUUCCUGCCCAACCUGGCAUCUGCAUGGUGGAUCCAGAGGCCAUGCCCACAGAGCAGGCCCGCCCAGGGAAGAAGGAGCCCGCUGGCAAGGUGAAGAGGAUUCCCUCCCGCCUGGGCUCGACCCCCAUGUCCCAGAAGGCCGAAACCCCCAAACACUCGACCCUGGGCAGCAAGGCCAGAGGCCCCAUGGGCUCAGCAGACAAGGUCAGGACACUUCCCCCAGCCAAGGGCACCCCCAUGGAGAAGGGCCCACGCUUCGGGGACACAAGAGCUUCGCUCACGAGCCGCAGCGCUGGGGCCAGGCCGCUCUCAGGAGCCGGCAGAUCGUCUCCCGCAGGCUCCAAGGCCCUCUCUCCCCCCGAGCCGCCAAUCUACUUGGAUCUGGCCUACGUCCCUGGCUCCUGGAGCGCCAGGACAGUGGACGAGGAGUUCUUCCGGCGAAUCCGCUCCCUCUGCUAUGUCAUCAGCGGAGAUGACCAUGUCAAAGAGGGUGUCAUGCGACCCAUCCUGGAUGCGCUGCUAGCGGGCAAACGUCACUGGGGGAGCGAUGUCCAGGUGACCCUGAUCCCAACCUUUGAUUCGCUGGUGAUGCACGAAUGGUACCAGGAAACCCACGAGCGCCAGCAGGAGCUGGGCAUCACGGUGCUGGGCAGCAAUAGUACGGUGGCCAUGCAGGACGAGACCUUCCCAGCAUGCAAAGUGGAGUUCUGAAGGGGGCCCGCGUUAACCCUUUCCAGCCAGGCUUGGAGCAGGUGCUUUGGACCUUGCAGAGGGGAGAUCGCCCACAGUCGUCACACAUUGCAACCCACAGGAGGGGGGAGGGCUUCCCCCUGCAGGACUUGGCAAGGCCCCAUUGGCCACGGGUGAUUGGGAAGAGGCACUGUAGGAUUGGAGUGAGCUCUGCAUGGCCAGCUCCCUGCAAGAUGGGAGGCGUGGGAAGGAAUCUCCCCUGGACUGGAAAGGAUUACACGACUGCUUGCCUCUCCCAUCCUGUGCGCCACAGCCACUCACCGUCUGGUUAUUGCAUGCACACAGGCCCCAGCCUAUUGCUCUGUAUCCCCACGGGGGGAGGGGGGCUGGAUCGUGGGUUGGCAGGGUCUGUAAUCCCGAUUGCUGGCAGAGGUGGGGAGCAGGUUCUGUGGCUGGGGGCUGAGGCGUACUACAGGAUAGCUGUUCCUCGCCUCCCACCCCAGCCCAGCCACUUCCCCCACAGCUGCUACAUAGGGACAGGCACAGCCCUCUUCUGUCCACCCCAGUGAUGGAAAUGGGAUCAGUCCACCCUCCCUGAUGUCAAGCAGGUACCUUACAUUGGUCAGGUGAUGCAGCAAUGGCCACCCCACUGCAGCAUUGCGCCAGAGCUCCCACAGGCAGCCUGGAGUGGGGUUCCAGUUGCUGGUGGCAUCCAGUUGCUUCCCUGUUGUGUAGGGGCCAGUUGGAGUCCCAUCCUCUGGCUGAGGGCACAAGUGAAACCAGUCUGCAAGUCAUACACCCCAGUGAUGCCCCUGACAGCUUAGCCAUGUGCCAGGGAGGGGGGCUGCUAUAGUGGUGGAGGGGCUGAUCCCAGUUGACUGCCCUUCCCCCAGCUGCUAUUUGUCUCCUUUGUGCCCCUCAAAACUAAAGCCCCAGCUGUCCUGUUGCCCCCACAGAGAUGCCAGAUUCCCAGGUAGACACAAUCUCUCUGACCCAGAUUAAGGGAGGUUGGAAGCUGAAUGGGGGGUGGGGGCUGAUGGGUUCCUGCCUUCUAAAGCAGUGGAGCCUGGAGUGGGUUCUCCCUGCAUGGUGGUGAGGUCACAGUUCCACACCUGCUAGAGCUUUCCCUUGCCAGUCCCACCCCAUGGCAGACCUCAGAAGCCCUAAUGUUGCUGUAAAUGUUUUAAAGCCAAAUUUCACGGGCCUUUUGAAAGUUCGUGUUAAGUGUGAUCGCUGGGAGUAGAGGGUCUGGAGGGUGUGUGUGUGUGUGUCUGUCUCCCCGGGAGGAGAGGAAUUGGAGUUGUCUUGUAACACCCCCCCCCUUCUCCAAUCCCUGUGUCAAAACUGACCGGGAGUGCUCCCAACUUCAGCUAACAUCCCCCUUCUGCAAACCCUGCUGCUCCUGUCUCCCGUACCCUGCGUCCCUGCUGCUGACCCCAGCCCUCUGUGUAGGCCAAGCAGAUCCAGGGGGCACCGCUGGGCAUGAAACUUGUGGGGGGCCUGAAUCCCCAGCCACUUCCAGCUUCUCCAUGGCUUUUGCAUCUUUUUCUCUAACUCAUCUUGAAGAGCAAGUUUUGGGAGUGAAUGUGACACUAACCUGUUUUGUAAGUUUGCAACUUACCUUUUUUUGUAAUUUUUUUUAAAUGAAAAAAAACCCCUGCUAUACACAGAAGGUUCUUAUUUAUCUGAUUGCCACUGUGAGGCACUAGUACACCCCCUCCAGGCGAGCUGCUGGGAAGGGGGGCUCCCCAGCUCCCUGAAGAUUUCAUCCUCUUGUAUCCAUGGCAGAAGGGUUUAAUCCUGUUCUCAGUGCUCACCUGGCUGGGCUUGGAAGCCUUUUUACAUUUGAUUGUAUUGUACUGUGUGUCUAGGAGAUGUUUGGGGGGUGGGUGGGGAAAGGGGAAUUGAACGUUUCACUUUUUAGUGCUUUAUAUAUUUUCUUAGCUAGAAGAUCUUUUUAAAGAGGGGGUGAGGGAAGGAGCUCAUGAGGUUGCCCCACUUUUCAUAGCUCAAAAUGUGGCGGGUGGUAACCACCUCUUUCUCCACCCCCUUGUGCCUUCUCCCAGGCCGGGGCAGUGGGUGGGUUUGCUAGAAGUUUUAGGCACCGACACACACUCCACGAUGUUGCACACACGAUGUUAUGGUUUGGUAAAUAUAUUGAACAAGCAUUAAAGAGACACUAGCCCAA